AUGUUUCGCACGUUCUUCCAUUCACUCGCUCUCCUGGCCGCGGCCCACUUGAGCUUUGCCAUGCCAAAAGAUAGUAGUAAAGCAGCAAACGCCAGUGGUGUUGCCAACCAGACGACAUAUCAGAAUAAGUCCGGUAAAAUCACUCUCGGAGUCAUGCUGGUGUACAUGUUCUACCAGGAGGCCGCCGUAUGGCAAGAGAAGCUGCCCGGCACGGGCCUGGGCGACCUCUUUGCCCACAACAUCUCGAUUCCUGGUCUUUCUCCCCUAUUCCCGCAGAUCCACUGCACGUUCUCCGGAGAGAUCUGCCAGCUCACGACCGGCGAGUCCGAGAUCAACGCGGCCGCCACGACAAUGGCGCUCAUGGUCUCGAACAAGUUCGACCUGACGCAGACGUACUUCCUUCUGGGCGGGAUCGCGGGCGUUAACCCGAAGCUCGGCAGCUUGGGCAGUGUUGCCAUCGCCCGGUUUGCGGUCCAAGUUGCGCUGCAGUCCGGGAUUGACCCCCGCGAGCUGCCGGACGGCUAUGACACCGGCUACAUUCCCUACGACGUCAACCACACCGACGAGUACCCCGUGAACCUAUACGGCACGGAAGUCAUGGAAGUCAGCUCUACCGUGCCGCCGGACCGUCAUACGAGGCCGCCACGAAGAGGCCGCAGGUCAUCCGCUGCGACACGGCCACGAGUGAUGCAUACUACUCCGACCGACAUCACCUACUGCAUGACGGCGCAGGAGGACAAUGCGGUCCUGCAGGUGCUAAUGCGGGCCGCGGGAUGGGGGCUGGUGGAUUACUCACGGAAGAUCGUGACGCGGAGCGGAUCCAACUUCGACCGCCCACCCCCCAACGUCACGGCCUUCGACCAUCUGCUCGGCACCUCGUCUGGCGAAUUCCCCAUCGCCAUCGAGAACAUGUUCCUCGUCGGAGUUGAGAUCGUCAAAGGUAUACUCAUAGACUGGGGUCACGCGUUUGAGAAGGGCACCCGACCCGAAAACUACGUCGGUGACAUCUUCGGGUCUCUGGGCGGCGAGCCGGAUUUCGGGCCCGGGAGCACGUUUGGUGGGGCCGGCGCUUAUGCGGAUGCGAACGAACAUGGCGAUGUCGCCAUGAAGUUGUUUGCUGCGCGACCAACUACUGGUGGAGGGAAGUAA